CCGGCGGGAAAUCUCUGUCUUUCCCUUCCCUGGCGGGAAAGAUACAAGAAGGAAAGGAAAGAAAGGAAACCGUUUCCAGACUUGGGGGCCUUCCAAGAUGCCUAGAUCUUUCCCUUGAGGUGCCUGCCUCACUUUCCCCAAGGGAAGGACCGGCCCCCCAGCAAAGCCUUCAGCUAGACCUUCAAGGAGACAGGAGACAGCCCACACGGUCCCUGGGCCUCCCGAUGCUCAGGCAGGGUUCUAGGCUACUCAAGACCAGCGGCAGGUUCUAGGACAGUCAAGGCCAGGUUCUAGCAUAGCCAAGGCCAGGUCCUAGGAUACUCAAGACCACGUUCUAGGAUGGUUUAAGGCCACAUCCUAGGAUAUUCAAGACCAGGUCCCAGGCUAGCGAAGACCAGAUUCUAGGAUGUCCAGACCAGGCCCUAAGAUAGUCAAAGCCAGGCUCUUGGAUAUUCAACACCAGGACCAUGGGCAUUCAAGACCAGGUUCAAGGAUAUUCAAGACCAGAUCCUAGGCUAUUCAAGACCAAGUCCUAGGAUAGUCAAGGCGAGGUUCUAGGAUAUUCAAGACCAGGUCCUAGGAUACUCAAGACCAGGACUUAAGAUAUGCAAGACCAGGUCCUAGGCCACUCAAUAUCCUAGGCUAUUCAAUGUUGGGUUCUAGGAUAUUCAAGACCAGGUCCUAGGAUACCCAAGACCAGGACUUAAGAUAUUCAAGACCAGGUUCUAGGAUCUUCAAGACCGGGUCCUAGGAUCUUCAAGGCCAGCUUCUCCGAUGGAUGCUCUUCUUCCCACCCUGUAUUGGAAAGGAGAAAGCAUUCAUUUCCAACCGCUUAAAUCCAGAUCCUGUCAGCGGGCUUCCUACAGGCAACUGGUUGGCCAUUGUUGGGACGGAAUGCCUUUGACUCGCCACCACUGGUUCCACCAUAGAAUUCCAUUCUAACUGCUGUGGCAACAUCCUGUGGAAUCCUGGGAGUUGUAGUUUGAGGGCUGCCGUUGGCAUGUUUCACCGAAAAGGUGACCAAAAGGAACAAGACAGAGCGUUCUUCCCAAAGGAAGGGGUCAUGAGGGAAGGCCCAACGUGGUGUUGACCGAUGUGGACCUCAGGGCCCAUUUUUAAGCAGAGGGCUCCACGCUGCUGCUUCGGCUGCUAUGACGGUGAACGUUUGGGACUCCUGACCGUUCCUUCCCCAGUCUGGAGGUUUGGGUUUCCUGGCUUUCCCUCUGGGACUCGCUCCUUCUGCCGGGCUCACCAUGGGUGGAUGCUUCUCCGAACCCAAGCCAGUUGAAGUGAAAAUUGAGGUCGUGUUGCCUGAGAAAGAGCGGGCCAAAGAGGAGAUGUCACCCAACGGCAAAGCCAGUCCCAUCAUCUACAAAGCCAACGGGACGUCGCGACAUUACCAACUGGAGGAACAUCCCAUCGCUAUCAACCCUUACCGGAACAUGAAGGAUGUGGUCGAAGCCUCCGUCUGCUACGUCAAAGACCUAGACAACGGACAGAUGCGAGAGGUAGAUCUGGGCUGCGGGAAGGCCCUGCUGGUCAAAGAAAAUGGGGAAUUUUAUGCCAUGGGUCACAAGUGUCCGCAUUAUGGUGCGCCUUUGGUGAAAGGGGUUUUGUCCAAGGGACGAAUCCGCUGCCCCUGGCAUGGGGCUUGCUUCAACAUUGGCACAGGGGACAUCGAAGACUUCCCAGGGUUGGACAGCUUGCCAAAAUUUCAGGUGAAGAUUGAGAAAGAGAAGGUAUACAUUCGAGCGAGCAAACAGGCUCUUCAGACGCAACGGCGGACCAAAGUGAUGGCCAAGUGCAUUUCUCUCAGCAACUACAGCAUCAGCAGCACCAAUGUGCUCAUCAUUGGGGCAGGUCCUGCUGGACUGGUGUGUGCAGAAACAUUGCGGCAAGAGGGCUUCUCCGACCGGAUUGUGAUGUGCACAAUGGACCGACACUUGCCCUAUGACAGGCCCAAGCUAAGUAAGUCGAUGGAUUCCCAUGCAGACCAGAUCGCUUUGCGCCCAAAAGAAUUCUUCCGUACCUAUGACAUUGAGGUCCUUACUGAAAUGCAGGUGGUGGCCGUAGAUGUCAAGAACAAGACCGCCGUGCUCAAGGAUGGCUUCAAGAUGGAGUAUAACAAGCUGCUCCUUGCAACCGGAAAUACGCCGAAAACCCUUAGCUGUAAAGGCAAGGAAGUGGAGAAUGUUUUUACCAUCCGGACAGUGGAAGAUGCCAACCGGGUGGUCAAGUUGGCCACCAGCAAAAAUGCAGUUGUCGUCGGAGCCUCUUUCCUAGGCAUGGAAGUGGCAGCCUACCUUUCAGACAGAGCUCACUCAGUCUCAGUGGUGGAGCUGGAAGAGGUACCUUUCAAGAAGUUCUUUGGGGAGAAGGUCGGGAGAGCCAUCAUGAAGAUGUUUGAGAACAAUCGAGUGAAAUUUUAUAUGCAGACUGAAGUAUCUGAACUACGGGAACAAGAGGGCAAGCUAAAGGAGGUUGUGCUGAAGAGUGGCAAAGUCCUCCGGGCCGAUGUCUGCGUCAUAGGCAUAGGUGCAACCCCGGCAACUGGCUUCUUGAAGCAGAGCGGCAUCCAUGUGGACUCCAAAGGUUUCAUUGCAGUGAAUAAGAUGAUGCAAACCAGCAUCCCCAGCGUUUUUGCAGCCGGAGAUGCCGUUGCGUUUCCUCUGGCGCUGAGGAACAACAAGAAAGUGAACAUUCCUCAUUGGCAGAUGGCGCACAUGCACGGACGGAUAGCUGCAUUGAACAUGUUGGCCCACGGGACCGAAAUCAGCACCGUCCCUUACCUGUGGACAGCCAUGUUUGGCAAAAGCAUCCGCUACGCAGGUCAUGGAGAAGGCUUUGAUGACGUGAUCAUUCGGGGGGACUUAGAGGAACUGAAGUUUGUCGCCUUUUACACCAAGAACGAGGAGGUGGUUGCUGUGGCCAGUAUGAACUACGAUCCCCUGGUCUCCAAGGUGGCGGAUGUCAUGGGUGCGGGCAGAGCCAUCCGGAAACGGGAUGUUGAGCUCUUCAUCCGCUACGGCAAAACUGGAGACAUGUCUUGGUUAACUGGAAAAGGCUCCUAACAGCCCUGGAAACAAGGGACCACUUUUCUACGGACUUGGUGGUAGCCAAAGGGAGGAGAUACCCACCAUAUGCCCUUCGGUGACUUUGAGGAAUCUUCCCCCCAGUCUCUCCCUGGGCCAGGUUCUUCUUCUUUUGCCUUCCCAAAUCUCUCAUGCUUGGGAACAUUAAUGUCAAGAGAUCAACCUGCACUUUAGUAGCUGCCUUCAAGUGGCUUAGGAAAGCCCAAAGACCAACCUCGAGGAAAAUGGAUAUGUACUUGUGGAGAUUGUCCAGGCAAAGAUGUAGUUACAGGGGGGCAAGAUAAGAGCAUUGCUCCCUGGAAAGAAGAAACCCCUCCAUGAAAUUGUCCUUCUUUCCCUACAUUGCUAGCCCUGCAUUCACUUGAAACUUCUGUUGAGCUUUCAGAAAUUGCCCAGCAUCCUGUUGGGAAGUUGCAUCAUCAUAAACUGACUUAUAAGCGCAUAAAGCAAAAUUGUGCCACUGUGCCAUGUUUGCAUUGUCGGGGGGCAGCCCAGAGAUGUAGUGCCAUCUAUGGGACCAUUGCACAAGCGGUGUCACCAUAGUGCCAUGGCUCUUGUUGGUCAGUGAUUUCUGUUGUUCAGUGGGCAUCCAUGCACAAUGGGUACCCUUGUGCAACAGGGGGACCGCCACACAAAGCACACCAUGCACGAUGGCACCCCUGUUGCGUAAGGGAACCCCACCGUCCAUCGUUGUAAUUCAUCGGCAGCAUUGCGUCUCAUGUCAGAGCUAUGUCAUUGCAAAUGCCUGCAUCAUGGAUCUCUGCUGUACAGCUUUGGGAUCCCAAGAAAAAAGGGACGGGUCAAGUGACCCCAGGGAACUCCAGCGCAGCUGAUAAAAGAGUUUGAGGUGUGAACAAUUUUCGGCAUCUCCCUCUCUGCAAUGUUAGAAAUUCAAGGACUGGAGGACAAUUUCAUGGAGGGGGCAGAGGUCUUAUUUGGGGGUACAAUGCCUCAUUCUGCCAUCCACCCACAACAACACCCCUGUAAAUGGCCCUUCCAGGUAAAGGGAGGAAUGGGGUUGGCUUACACUUUCUCAGGACAGGUGGAGAUGGUUGUGCUCCGACUCCAAUGGACUCCACUCUAGCUGCGAUUAUUCAUCAUUCACCCCAUGGGGAGUCUCCCAGGAUUAUUGGGUUGCCCUUCGCAGGCCCUACCUCCUCCAUGUUUGGACGAUGACGCUUUCUCACCAGCCCAUGGCCUGCUGUGGUUCCCUUGGAUCAAGACUUUCCCUGCAACGAUGGAAGCUGGGAUCUGUGUCAUGCCUCCUACCUUCAUGAGGGCCAGAGACCUGAGAGGCACCACCGAACAAGGCUGAGCAAAGGGAAAUAGGGCUGGCAGAAGGAGGGAGGUGGUGGAGACUGCUUGCCAUUCCUUGCUCCCUGUGUAGAAAUUUGCAUGUGGCCCAUGGUUUCUACAUUGCCCACUCUGGUCCAGCACCUUGGAUAAAUCUUUUAAAGUUUGGACUAAAACCCAGAGCAGGUCGUUUGUCGCCGCUGCCACGAGAGACACCUGCCACCUCUAUUGAAAUCUGAACCUCCAGGGCCCAAGCAUGAGGGUAUACUACAUCUCAUUUCUGAUCCGUCCAUAUCCCUGGGAGUGGAGUGCGGGGUUCAUAGCUACAAGCAACAGUUCAACCAUCUCAGUCCUCAGAGAGGACUUCCAUGUCAGGGGCUGGUGGUGAUUUUUUGCAGGAGUUUAUUUUGCAGUUGCCCUUGUAUGCACCCAGUUUCUGAUAUGCUCCACCUUCAGGGUGGGCAUGCCAGGUUGGGUGAUGCCCUUUCAUGCUAAGAAGCCGCCUGAUGGUUUUAGAAAUGUCUGUGGACAGGGUGGCCCCGGCUUCGACUUUUUUCCUUGGCUUUCGUUGUGGCUGAACAAGAGCCAAGGUCCUCGUGGCAUGUCCUGCAUUUUGUCUGCCCGUCUCCCUUUCUUGCAGCCUUCCCGCAUCCAACACCCCCUCCACAUGUGCCAUGCUAAAGUUCUCAUCAUCCCCAACUACAUGGGCAGUGGGCAUGGAUGGAGAUGAUGGUGGAUGUAGAGAAGGCUGCAUUACCUGGGCACUCGAAACACUUAUCUGGCUUUGUCACAAGUGUCAUGCAUGAUGAGCCAUCUCAGAACUUGCCCUCUUUUUCUAGGUUCUUAAUAAACUAAUAUAUAUUAUAC